AUGGCUUUAACUGUAAUGAAUUGCUGUAAAUCAGAUUCUGAAGUACAAAUGCUAGUAUUUAUCUACAUAUGUGCUACAUUUUAUAUUGGGCAACUAAAUACCUUUAAAACGCUUCUACUAAAGACUGUAGACCCUUAUGCUGAUGUUGCUGAAGCUGAUGUCAUAGCAGCAGAACCAGAGUCAAUAAGAAAAUGGCGGGAAGAAUAUGCUAAGAGAAUUGAAGAAAAGGAUGAGAGUGCUCGCACUGAACAGCAAGAGUGGAAAGAUAAAGCAAAAGAAGAAGUUGAAGAAUGGUAUUCGCGACAAAAUGAUCAGAAUGACAAAAUUAAGAAAUCUAAUAGGGAAGCGGAAGAAGCAUUUGUGAAUGAGCGUGAUAGCAUUGUACCUGGCCACGAAUGGGAGAAAGUCGCAAAUUUAUGUGAUUUUACUAGUAAAAGCUAUAAAUGCACGAAGGAUACAUCUCGAAUGCGUUCAAUUAUAUUACAACUCAAGCAAUCUCCACUGAAGCGAGAAAGUAAAGCCCUUUGCGCUAGUGCGGAAUAGAGAAUUUUGACGUAACUACAUUACGUUUUCAACUUCUGAUUUGUAUGGAUCUUGGGAGAGAAAGCAGAUAUUAUGAAUCAAAAGCUGACGAAGUUGUAAAGUAGUUCAAACGCAGAUAUUUAGCUAGCUGCUGUAGAUAUAAGGAUUUUUGCUUCUCUUGAAUCAGUAUUUUGUCGAAAAGGCCUCAAAGACUAUGAUAGCAAUAUGCUUUAUUUUAUGCAUUAGCCAAGGUAAAAUCAUCCUGUAUUUAGCUCGUUACUCAUUGUGUUAACGUACAUAUUUCGUUUGUGAGUGCUUUUAUAUUGCUG